AUGUCUACUCCCUUUGAGAAAGCCGCUGCUGAAAUUAAAGAGCUUAAGCAAACUCCCAACAGUGAUGAGCUUUUGAAGCUCUAUGGUUUGUUCAAGCAAGCUACUGUUGGAGACAACAACACUCAAAAGCCUGGCCUUUUGGAUAUGAAGGGUAAAUACAAGUGGAAUGCUUGGGAAGAAUUGAAGGGCAAGCCGAAGGAAGAAGCUGUGAACGAAUAUGUUGCUUUAGCCGAAGAACUCAAGGGUAAAUAUGGCUUGAAAUAG